AUGCAGAAGCCUGCUUAUCGUCCAAGCAGAAUUAGGAGUGCAAUCAAUCUUGCUUUCAGAGCCUCAAUUUUAGGCUCGUUUAUCUUCGCUGUUGGUACGACAGUCUACGUCGUCACCGAGCUUGGUCGAUACUACAUUUUCGACAAGCCAGUUGCGAAAAAGCAAAAGAGGGAAUACGCUGAGGCAAUUCUUUUUAAAUCUAAGCGCGAAAAAGAGCUUGGCCUAGUUGACUAA